AAACCGGCGCACGCAGGGGCUGUCGACAAACGGCGUUGAGCUGUCGGGCGCGAGCGCGGGAAGGCGCAGGGCGACCGAUUGCUUCUAUUCAAUGUUCGAAUGCAUUGAUGUUUGCUGGACAUAAAGAAAUAUGUGUUAAAGCAUCCUGGCACCUCUCGGUCUGUUUCCCGGUGGUCGACGCAGGACUUGCACUGCAAGACCUAAUACUCUACAUGCUGCAGUGGCGGUAUCGACAACUAAGUAAAGGUUGCGAGCCGGCGAAGUGGCCAGGGUUUGCAUGCUGGUCGCAUGGCUCGCCACGCGGCUGGCCAUGUGAACGUUUUUCCCUGACUCCCGCCCUGGACAACGGCCUCUUGAGAGGCCGCGAGGCCGAACCCGCCGCAGCCGCAAGCGUGCACACACCUGCCGCCGCCGCCACGGGCGAUGGCGGCCAACAAAAUACUGCUUCGUGGCGCAAGCAGCGAGCAGGCGGAGGCGAUGGCGCGCGGCGACUUCUCUGCUCUGGGCCUGGGAGAGGGCUCGAUGGGCAUGUAUGAACGUCGGUGGCGGGCUAGCAACGCGGGUCGCGUUUGGAAUGUGGAGGUAGUGGUGACCAGGGAUCAGCGGGCGGCCUUCAUCAGGGCUGCGGCGCAGAUUAAACACACCGCAGGCGUGACGGUGGCCCCCUUCCUGACGCCGGAGGGGCGGGCAGCUAGGCGCGCGCGGCAAGCCCAGUUCGACAGCCUGGUGGAACGGGGUCUGCAGCCGUACUGGCGGGGCACGGACAUCGUGACUGAGGAGGGGGACCGGCGCUGCGUACACCCCGUGCAGUAAUGCACAUGGCGGAUAACUGAGAGGGGCGCGCAUUGUGUGUGUGUUUAAGUCCAGCGGAAGUUAGGCUUGUUGGGAAUGCAGGGCUAGGACACAGACGGUUUUGGUUAUUGAUCCUCUCUCUCACUUUGUGGCUGCCCUUAGGCAUAUCCUGCCCUGUGGGGAAGGGAAGGUAGCUAGUGCCGGCGGGGUGCUUGUUUUGCGGUUGCUGCGGCCACGUGCCGGACUUGGACGGUACAUGACUUUUUGCUAGGCGAACAAACAAUGCAUAGUGGCCAGCUGCCGGCUCGCAGCAGUGUUGAUAUAGACGGAGGUGCGGCUUCUAGGGCCAAACCGACGUCUCACAAUAUAGACAGAGGUGCGGCUCUUAGGGCCAAAUCAGUGUCUAACCACAAUAGAUGGAGGUGCGGCUCCUGUGGCCAAACUGACGUCUAACGCUACGCGUAGGCUUGGGAGACAUGUACUGCCAGACCCAUGCGCGACAAACAAGGUGCUAAUGCGCCCCUGGCACUAGCAACUACGGGUUGUCCGGAUACACGAUCACGUGAUCUGAUAAACAACUGUAAACCGUUGUCACA